UAAAUAGAUGUUUAUUCAACAGGCACUUUAAUGUCCCAGAGGAGAAUUUAUAUUAAAACUAUCUUAUGUGAACUCAUGUUUUCUCUCCUGAAGGCGACUCCAAGUCAACUCAUGCAGCGAAACAACCAGCCGAACAAACUGGAUUUCAUCCAGGAACUGACCAAACAGCUGGAGGACUGUCGCAGGAGGAACCAGUUUCUGGAAGCGGAGAGCAUCGAGAUGGAGAAGGAGAGGAACCAGAUCCGCUUCGAGAUGCGAGGUCUGCUGGUGAACAAUGAAGAUCUGCUGCGGACGAACACGCAGAUGCAGGGCGAGACGAACCGGCUGCGGGAGAAGAUCGUGGAGUUAGAGAGCAACAACAACGUCAUGCAGGAGCGCUUCAGACAGAUGGAGAAAGAGCUGAAGGAGGCGCGGGAGGUGAUGGUCGAGGCAAACACUCAGGAACACGCCUUCAACUUCCUGCAGCAGACGCUCAAGAACAAAAUACAGGACACUGAGGAAGCUCUGGAGAAACAAGCUCAACACGCUCAGACUGUGUCAGAAAAACUGUGGCUCACCGAGAGAAACCUGGAGGAGCUGGAGCUGGAGAAAGAAACUAAAGCAAAGAAAACUCUAGAACUCAGUAACACUGUUUUCAGACUGGAGACAGAGGUUUAUUGGCAUGACAGAAGGUGCAGUGCAUUCCUGAAGCACAAGAACAACGAAUGA